AUGGAUUGGGAAUGGGCGGCGGAGUUUCUGAAGGGGAUGGUGAAGCCGGCGGCGGCGCUGGCGGUGGUGGUGCUCGCGGCGGCGCUGUCGUGGUUGCAGCGGCUGGGAUUGGAGGGGGAAAUGGUUUACUCGAUUUUCAGGGCGUUUCUGCAGCUCUCUGUUAUUGGGUUUGUUUUGCAGUUCAUUUUUAAUCAGAAGAGUGCUGUUUGGAUUGUCAUGGCUUAUCUUUUCAUGGUCUCUGUUGCUGGCUACACAGCCGGACAACGUGCUAAGCACGUGCCUCGAGGAAAAUACGUAGCCGGGGUCUCGAUUCUGGCCGGGACCUCGAUUACGAUGUUUUUGUUAGUGAUUUUAAAAGUAUUCCCUUUUACGCCGAGGUACAUUAUUCCGGUGGCUGGAAUGAUGGUCGGAAAUGCCAUGACGGUCACAGGCGUCACGAUGAAAAAGUUGAGGGACGACAUCAAGAUCCAAAUGAAUCUGGUGGAGACGGCACUAGCUCUCGGGGCCACCCCUCGACAGGCGACCGUGCAACAAGUGAGACGGGCGCUCGUAAUCGCACUUUCCCCAGUAUUGGACAAUGCCAAGACGGUCGGGCUUAUUUCUCUCCCGGGAGCCAUGACGGGCCUCAUAAUGGGCGGGGCCUCGCCUCUCGAGGCCAUACAACUUCAAAUCGUGGUCAUGAACAUGCUCGUCGGGGCCUCGACCGUCAGCAGUAUCUUGUCCACUUAUCUUUCAUGGCCAUCUUUCUUUACCAAGGGUUAUCAGUUGGAGACUAAGGUCUUCUCUGUGGAAUAA